UGUUCUUCAUCGAAGCUAGAAAAAAAAAGCUUUGAAUUUCCGCCAUGGAUGCUGGACGAUGCUUUCUCUUUCUUCUAUUACCAAGUUUCUUCUUCUUGCCUUCACAAACACAGAGCAGCCAUUCAUUCACAUCGGUUCUCGUAUCUCAAAACGGACUCGAUUUCGUCAAAAAUCUUCUAGUUAACAAAGCAAUCGCGUCGAUUAUACCUCUCCAGAUUCCCAGGAUCGAGAAAUCUGUGAAAAUCCCGUUCCUCGGAGGAAUCGAUGUUGUUGUCUCGAAUCUGACGAUAUACGAGCUUGACGUUGCGUCGUCUUAUGUUAAGCUUGGUGAGACAGGUGUUGUCAUCGUCGCUUCAGGGACGACUUGUAAUUUGAGUAUGAAUUGGCAUUAUUCUUACAGUACUUGGCUUCCUCCUAUUGAAAUCUCUGAUCAGGGUAUUGCAUCUGUUCAGGUUCAAGGCAUGGAAAUCGGGCUGUCUCUAGGCUUGAAAACUGAUGAAGGAGGCUUAAAACUUUCUCUUUCGGAAUGUGGAUGCCAUGUGGAAGACAUCACCAUUGAGUUGCAAGGAGGAGCAUCAUGGUUUUAUCAGGGGAUGGUUAAUGCAUUUAAAGACCAAAUUGGGUCAAGUGUGGAAAGUACCAUUGCCAAGAAACUCACUGAAGGAGUAUCAGACCUUGAUUCAUUCCUACAAAACCUUCCAAAGGAAAUCCCUGUGGAUGAUAAUGCUGCCCUUAAUGUCACUUUCACCAGUGAUCCUAUUUUGAGAAAUUCAUCUAUCACUUUUGAGAUUGAUGGCUUGUUCACCAAAGGAGAAACAAAUCAAUUCUUAAAGUCCUUCUUCAGAAAGUCUGUAUCUUUAGUUAUCUGCCCUGGAAAUUCUAAAAUGCUCGGAAUUUCAGUGGAUGAAGCUGUUUUUAACUCUGCUGCAGCUCUGUACUAUAAUGCAGACUUUGUGCAAUGGGUUGUGGAUAAAAUACCAGAGCAGGCUCUUUUAAACACUGCUAGGUGGAGGUUCAUCAUUCCACAACUAUACAAGAAGUACCCGAACCAGGAUAUGAGUCUGAACAUCAGUUUGUCUUCACCUCCGCGUGUAAAGAUAUCAGAGCAAUACGUUGGAGCUAAUGUUAAUGCAGACUUAGUAAUCAAUGUUCUAGAUGCAAGCCAAGUUAUACCAGUAGCAUGCAUCUCCUUGAUGAUCCGGGGAUCUGGUGCUCUCAGAGUCAUGGGUAAUAACCUUGGAGGCAGCGUAAGUUUAGAAGAUUUCUCCAUGUCUUUGAAAUGGAGCAACAUUGGAAAUCUCCAUCUGCAUCUUCUUCAGCCAAUAGUGUGGACUGUUAUACAAACAGUGUUUGUGCCAUAUGCAAAUGACCAUCUAGAAAAGGGAUUUCCGUUGCCCAUAAUCCACGGAUUUACACUUCAGAAUGCGGAAAUCAUCUGCUCAAGCUCUGAAAUCACAGUUUGUAGCGAUGUCGCCUACUUGGAUUCGUCCCAACAGCCUCAAUGGCGUUUAAAGCUACCACGAUCUACGACUUGGAAACCCAACUUGUAGUUUACACCAGACUCAACUACCAAAACAAACAAAGCUUUGUAUACUAUUUUUGUAUUUGAUGUUGACUAAACUGUGAAUGAUAUUUCUGUCUGAAAGAAAUAUAAUCUUUGUAAUUA